UCUCUGACUAUUCCCACUAUCACCGUCACUAUUCACUCUCCUAUCAAAGCCAAAAAUCUAACACUCAUUUGUAAAUAAUGGUAUGCCAAAUUGACUCAUUUCUUUGUGGGUAGGUCAAUUUCAUGUCCACCCCAUAUGAGAGGAAGAGAGAGAGAGGAAGAGAGUAUCAAUUUCAAUGGCCACUGGUAUGGAGCUGAAGAAGCAGAAGAUAGUAAGAUUUUUUUCUGAUGUAAAGCAACGAAAAGAUGUUUCAUGGGGAAGAACUGAUCCCUCGCACCUAGAAAAGUCAUCUUCUGGGUACCAGGUUUCGUCUUCUUUGUUGAAAAUUGAUGGUGGGUUUGUGAGUAGGGGUAGAAUCUCCCAAGCUAGCACAUUUGGGAGGUCUAAGGUAUUCCCAGAGGACAUUGAGCCAUGGCGGAAACGAAUGCUUGAUCCUGGUAGUGAGAUUGUGUUGCAAUGGAACCGGGUUUUCAUUGUCUCAUGUUUGGUGGCACUCUUUGUUGACCCUCUCUACUUUUACCUGCCUAGUAUAGCAGGAAGUAAGCACUUGUGGUGCGUGAAGACGGACUUGAAUUUGCGGAUCAUUGUAACCUGUUUCCGGACUAUUGCAGAUAUUUUCUAUCUGUUGCAUAUGCUUAUUAAGUUUAGGACAGCUUAUGUUGCACCGAGCUCUCGGGUGUUUGGGAGGGGUGAACUUGUAAUGGACCGCAAGAAAAUUGCCAGAAGAUAUAUAAGAUCUGACUUUUUCAUUGAUUUGAUUGCAACACUGCCUCUUCCUCAGAUUGUCAUCUGGUUCAUUAUACCAGCAACGAGAAGCCCAAGAGCUGAUCACAACAACAAUGCCCUUGCGCUGAUUGUUCUACUCCAAUAUGUUCCCAGACUAUAUUUGAUUUUCCCAUUAAGUUCACAACUUAUUAAAGCAACUGGAGUUGUCACGAAAACAGCUUGGGCGGGGGCUGCAUAUAAUCUGAUAUUGUACAUGUUGGCUAGCCAUGUUUUAGGGGCAGCAUGGUAUUUGCUGUCAGUUGACCGGUAUACAUCGUGCUGGAAAUCACAUUGCAAAAAGGACCCUACAAAAUGCUUUCUUCAUUAUUUGGAUUGUGAUGCUUUUGACCAUGUUGAUCGCAAGAACUGGGCAAAUAGUACAAACGUGUUUAAUAGUUGUGAUCCUGACAAUCAUAUCACUUUCAAAUACGGAAUAUUUGAAAAGGCAGUGCAAAAAAGUGUUUUCUCCUCAAAGUUUCUUGAAAAGUACUUUUAUUGUUUGUGGUGGGGCUUGCAGAACUUAAGUUCAUACGGGCAGAAUUUGUCGACAAGCACAUUUAUUGGGGAGAUAUUAUUCGCUAUACUGAUUGCUAUCUUGGGUCUUGUUCUGUUUGCACAUCUGAUUGGGAACAUGCAGACGUAUUUGCAAUCUAUAACUGUGAGGCUUGAGGAAUGGAGACUUAAGCGAAGAGACACCGAAGAGUGGAUGAGGCAUCGCCAACUCCCUGAAGAUUUGAAGCUACGUGUUCGGCGUUAUGUUCAAUAUAAGUGGCUUGCAACUCGAGGAGUAAAUGAAGAAGCUAUCCUACAUGGCUUGCCUGCGGAUCUUCGUCGUGAUAUCCAACGUCACCUAUGCUUGGACCUUGUUCGUCGUGUACCAUUCUUCUCAGAAAUGGAUGAUCAGCUACUUGAUGCAAUAUGUGAGCGUUUGUUCUCCUCGUUGAGCACCAACGAUACCUAUAUUGUUCGUGAGGGUGACCCUGUAACACAAAUGCUCUUUAUUAUUAGGGGGAGACUGGAGAGUUCUACUACAAAUGGUGGCAGGACUGGUUUCUUCAAUUCGAUUACAUUGAGACCUGGAGACUUUUGUGGGGAGGAGCUACUUGCAUGGGCUUUGCUUCCAAAAUCCACUGUCAACUUGCCUUCUUCAACUAGGACAGUCAGAGCACUUGUUGAAGUGGAAGCGUUUGCUUUGCGGGCUGAAGAUCUCAAGUUUGUUGCUAAUCAAUUUAGGCGCCUCCAUAGCAAGAAGCUGCAACAUACAUUCCGGUUUUACUCCCACCACUGGAGGACAUGGGCAGCCUGCUUCAUACAGGCUGCUUGGCGACGGUACAAGAGGAGGAUUGCAAAAGAUUUCAAGACAAUGGAGUCUUUUGCUUUGGAUGAUACCUUUGCUUUGGAUGAUAAAGUGGCUACCGAGUCCAGCCAAGAGGAGGAACAGGAACACUAUCAUGUCGGUUCCAGUCAACAGACAAAAAUGAACCUUGGAGUCACAAUAUUGGCUUCAAGAUUUGCUACAAGCACAAGGAGAGGAGUUCAGAAGACUAAAGGUAUGGGGCUGCCAAAAUUACAGAAACCUGAAGAGCCUGAUUUCUCUGCUGAGACGGAUGAUUAGUUACUUGUAUCUGCUAGAGGUAUAUAACAGCUACAAGUUUCACUACCAAGGGUGAAACCCAUUGCUGACGCGCUCCAAACAAAUGUCUCCAAAGGAGCCUAAAAUUCCAAAUCUCGAUUAUGAACAGAUUCCAGAUGCUCUCAAGUGUUAUUCCCUUGUUAGUGCACCAGGUCAAUGCUGGGAAGCUUGUAUCAAGAAAAGCCUAACUGGGUACUCUGUGUAACUUAUUACGUGUAAUUUAUGCUCAAUAUUGUAUCUAGUUUGUCAGUUUUGCGGUAUGUCCGCAAGCCACAAAAAAAAAAAAAAAAAAAAAAGGGAAUCAGAUGUGCACUGUGAACCUUGGAAGCAUUUAGUGAUCUUGUAACCCUAAUCGUCUGUUUUCCCGAUAUCUGUAAGGUUGUCUCGUCCAAUCUACUAGAAAAUGAUGACAAUGAAUUAUACAUAUAUAAGAAACUUUACUGAA